AUGGGUCAAUCAGAGUCCAGCCUAUCAGAGUCUAGCCUCUAUACACCUCUUAACAAAAGUCGCCAAGAGAUAAGGCUACUUAUGAUCCUUCCUUCUGGAGAUACAGUGGCUUGCCUUAUGAAAACUGUAUCCCUUUACGAUGCUCCCUCUUUUGUAGCGCUCUCUUACCUGUGGGGGGAUCCUUCGAACAGAAAGGAGAUUGAGGUUAAUGGCCAGACCAUCUCAGUUACAACCAACCUAGUUGCAGCAUUAGAACACGUCGGCGCUGUUUUGGGGAUUUCUCCGGCCCAACAUAACAGUCCUGCCGAACUCUGGGUUGACGCCAUUUGCAUUAAUCAAUCUGACGUGGAUGAGCGGAACUACCAGGUGGCACUUAUGCGGUCUAUAUUCUCUUCUGCGGCGUGCGUGUUUGGUUGGCUUGGCUCCGGCGAUGAUGAAAUGACCCUUGCUAUCGAAAGUUUGAAUCUUAUCGGAGAAGCAUUGUAUAAUCUGGGUCCUGCAGCCGAGGAAAGCGCCCGGCUUGAGUGGAUAAAGAACUUCCCAGAGCUCUGUGCAAACGAUCUUGGGAAAGAGAACGAUAAUUAUGUCACCGGGAACAGGAGAUGGUCUGCAAUCGCCAAACUUCUUAUUUCGUCUUACUGGGAGCGUGUAUGGAUCCUUCAAGAGUGCGUCAUGGCCAAGCGAUUUCUCCUCAUGUACUCCUUCCGGGUAAUUACUAUUCAAGCGCUCAUUGAUAUUUCGACCUGGAUUCUCUCUUUGGAGACUGAUGGAAGAAAAUUGAUCUAUUCAUAUGGGCAGCAUCUCGGUUUAGCAGCAUUCAGCUUCCUUCAGGCAGGAACGCAGCGUUUUGGCCCAAUACUGAGAAUUUAUCGGAUCCAAAAUGCGAUCAACGACGACCAAAAUGCGAAUAAUACUUUAUGGGAUUUGACAGUUUAUACUCACGAGCUCGUCGCAACUAGGCCAGAGGAUUAUAUUUAUGGAUUACUGGGAAUGAUGAGAAUCCAAAUCAUUCCAGAUUACACAAAGCCACUUCCAGAUAUAUACAGCGAGUUCGUGGCAGAAUGGCUGAAAUAUUGCCAAAGCCCCGCACAGGCCGGCCAGUAUAAUGAACUUCGUUUUAUGAGAUUUGCGGGCGUGGGACUAUAUAGUGGCUGUCUCGGGCUGCCGUCCUGGGCACCAAACUACCCUGAAGUACCAGCGAAAGGAUCUCUGCCUCGAUUGUCUGUCGGUCCGGAUAAAUGGGAGCCCUACGCUGACUAUAACGUAUUCACGGAAUCUAUCGGAACGAGUUCGGUGUCGGGGCAGACUCUGUAUGCCUGGGGUCUGAGGGCUCAGGAAGUAGUCAAAACUUUUCAACUUCCCACUGGUGAAGAUAUGGAACGGUUCCAUUCCUUUCUCGCCGAUUACUGUCAGCGCCACCCUUGCUACAUCACCGGUCUAUCCCCAUUGAGGGCGGUUAUUCAAGUUCUAUGUUGUGAAAGAAGUUCCAAGCAUGAAAUCCUGUCUAUGCUCCGAAUUAUUGAUAUGCUGCUUUUUUUUUUUUUCACUGGCGAAAAAUUCUCUCCAUUGCUUUUUCAACUCGCUGGGCUAGGCAAAAUGCCCGAGAUACAUACACGAGAUAUUAUCCAGAAAUUAUAUCCUGAGUGCGACGAAGAUGUAAUACAAGAAGCGCUUUUAUUACAACAAAGAGGUCCGCAUCCGGAUUUAAUGAAUUAUGUUCGGCAUUCUACUUAUAUUGUAGAAAACUGGGCAAUUGUUGAGACCUCUUGUGGAUAUUUGGGCAUGGCGCCAAAAGGUACCCUUAAAGGCGACUUUGUCUGUAUUCUUAAAGGCAGUAAUUAUCCUAUGAUAUUAAGGAAAAGUGGAGGCUUUUAUAUCCAUGUCGGGACCAGCUAUAUCGAAGGAUUUAUGGAAGGUGAAGCAAUAGACUUGGUAAAGUCAAAUAAAUCCCAGGUUGAAUUAUUUAAAAUUAAAUAA